CGAAACGGUGCAAGUGCUGCUACCGCUUUGUUGUUGUGAUAUUAACCUCUGAAUCGAGGAAUUGUUUCUUCUCUGCAAGGAAUAAUCUUAUUGGCGUUGAUCCACUAUCUAAUCGGAUCUGAACCACGUUUGACCCUUUCGGUUUAAGUCAUUCGUCUACUAUUUCUAUAUAUAUAUAUAAUAAGUCUGCUGGCAAGGCCGAAUGCGAUUACAAUAGAUGCAGAAAACAGCGGUAAUUGUUUUAUCCUCCCACGAUUCCAUCCAAUGAGGACGGCGUUUCUUAAUUAGCGUACUUCAAAAAAACACACACACACUUAAGUGACUUGGCUUUAUCAGCGUCCUUAUUAUCAGUGCACGAACGUUGCGCGUUUCAUGUGAUUUCCAUAAAAUGCCCGAAGGGAUCGACCGCGCGACAAAAUCAUCAUCGUCGUCAUGAUGCUGCGUCCGAAGUUCUCGAGUUUGUCCAUGAUCUAUCGGAACUACGGGGCCGGCACGCAAAAAUUCGCGACUGGUGCAAAGAAGGAGCCGCUUCCAUCGCUGAGUGACACGUUCGGCCGCUUCCACAGUUACCUCAGGAUCUCGUUAACGGAACGCUGCAAUUUGCGAUGUCAAUAUUGCAUGCCAGCUGAAGGAGUCGCGCUCAGCCCAAAGUCCGAGCUGCUCACUACCGAAGAGAUAGCACGCAUCGCCAGGUUGUUCGUCGCGAACGGAGUCGACAAGAUCCGCUUAACGGGAGGAGAACCGACAGUCAGACGGGAUCUAAUUGAUAUUAUCGCUUCGCUGAAGAGCAUCGAAGGUUUGGAGACGGUAGCGAUGACCACCAACGGCUUGGUUCUCACCAGACAACUGGUCGCUCUGCAGAGGGCCGGAUUGGACAUCAUCAACGUCAGCUUGGACACCCUCAGCGCCGAUAAAUUCGAGAGGAUCACCAGGAGGAAAGGAUGGGAUCGCGUCAUGAUGGGCAUCGAUCUGGGCGUACAACUAGGCUUCAAUCCUGUUAAAAUCAACUGCGUCGUCAUGAAAGGAUUCAAUGAUAAUGAAAUCUGUGAUUUCGUUCGAUUGACGGAGGAGAAGAACGUGGACGUGCGCUUCAUCGAGUACAUGCCGUUCUCGGGAAACAAAUGGGAAAUGGAGAAGAUGGUCUCGUACAAGGAAAUGGUGGAGAAGAUCCGCAAACGGUGGCCGGAUUUCCACGCCCUGAGGAACGGCCCCAACGACACCUCGAAGGCAUGGAAGGUACCAGGAGCGAUGGGUCAGGUGGGAUUCAUCACGUCGAUGAGCGAACACUUCUGCGGUUCCUGCAACCGCCUGAGGAUCACCGCAGAUGGUAACCUGAAGGUAUGCCUCUUCGGCAACACGGAAGUAUCGUUACGCGAUGCGAUGAGAGCAGGCAGCAGCGACGACGAUUUGACCGCUUUGAUUUCUGCAGCCGUUAAGCGCAAGAAGAAACAGCACGCGGCGGAGCCCAGAAACCUGUCGCACUUGUUCCAGCGGCCAUCGAUGAACUCCGUUCGUUUUUACUCGACGCGAAAGCUGAGCCACGUCGACGAUGAUGGUAAAGCGAAGAUGGUCGACGUCGGCGGGAAACGCGUGAGCGCUAGAACUGCCACGGCUAUGGCGACCGUCAAGUUGACCUUCGAACUCACCAAGCUGAUCAGAGAGAACGGUUUGAAGAAGGGAGACGUGCUUUCCGUCGCCCAAUUGGCGGGCAUCGUCGGGGCGAAGAGGACGUCCGAGCUGAUACCGCUGUGCCACAACAUCGUCCUGAACUCGAUCAAGGUGAGCGCGAGUCUCGACGAGGGCGGCCAGUGCAUCGUGCUGAACUCGGUGGUCUCGUGCGACGGGAAAACGGGCGUGGAAAUGGAAGCGUUGACCGCCGUCUCCGUCGCCGCCCUCACCGUCUACGACAUGUGCAAAGCGAUCAGCCACGACAUCACCAUCAGCAACAUCAUGCUGACGGGCAAGACGGGCGGCAGGAGCGGCGAUUACAAACGCGAAGAGAUCAACUUGAGGAGCUACGACACCAGCCCAAUCAAUACGGAACAGGUCACAGUUGGGGCAGUUUAAAUUGAAUAACAUAUCCCGCAAAACAUUUGUUUUUUUUUUGAUACAUGA